AUGGAGGUCCAAGACAAACAACAUCCAAGCCAUGAUGAAGAACAAGUGGUUGUAAUCAUGGUGCCUUUUCCAUCCCAGAGCCAUCUAAACCAGCUCCUCGAACUCUCCUGUCUCAUCUCCUCCUACAACAUCCCAGAUUCCCAGUUCACUAUGCCUAAGUUCCCCACUUCUCCAAAUCUCUCACCAUCGCCUUUUGAAUCCUCUUUUCAUCUCCGCCAACCCGUAGCUUCACUCUUACAAAAAAUAUCUCCCACAACCAGAAGAGUUAUCAUCAUCCACGAUGUCGUCAUGGCUUAUGUGAUUCAAGACGGUGCUACUCUACCAAAUGUAGAAUCAUUUGCUUUUAAUCCCAUUUCUGCGAUCAUCAGUUUCUUCGAUGGAUGGAAAGUUAUGGGAAAACCUUUCCAGAAGCGACAAGAAGUACCAGAAGGGUUGCCAUCUAUGCAAGAUUCAGGCGUCACUGCACCUGAGCUUGUAAAUCUUUCAAGUCUUCACUCUGAUUUUAGAUCUGGAAGUAUCAUUAAUUCAUGCAGAUCAAUCGAAGGUCCUUAUAUCGAUUUGUUAGAAAAGGAACACAUUGCUGCAGACCAGAAGCAAUGGGCAAUUGGGCCAUUGAACUUAUAUGACAGCAUAAAUUCAAAAGGCCAACACAAAUGUUUGGAGUGGCUUGAUAAGCAAGCUCCAAAUUCUGUGUUGUAUGUUUGGUUCGGAUCGACAACUUCAAUGACAGACGAACAAAUCAAAGAGCUUGCAAUUGGGCUAGAACAAAGUGAGCAGAAGUUCAUCUGGGUGUUCAGACAUGCAGAUGAGGGAUCCAUUUUUUCAGAAGAUGUCAAGAGAGGUGAACUGCCAGAAGGCAACAAGAAGAACAAUUGCAAAAGCAGCAACAGGAAGGAAAAAAUGAAGAAACUUGUGAGACUUCUGAACGUGCUACAAUUGCAAAAGCAGCAACAGGAAGGAAAAAAUGAAGAAACUUGUGAGACUUCUGAACGUGCUACAAUUGCAAAAGCAGCAACAGGAAGGAAAAAAUGA